AUGGCCGACAACGCAGAUCUGAACCUCGAUGCGCCUAGCGACCUUCAGGAUAUUCCUGAUGCGGCAAUGGAGCUGAUUCCGCCGCCGGAAGGGACUUUUCCUGACAAAGCGACUCUCCUGGCGUCUGUACAGGCUCAUGGCAAAGCCCAUGGAUACAAUGUCGUUGUCAAGUCGUCCAGCACUCCGACGGAGAAGAAGCCUGGUCGAACUGCCAAGAUAUGGCUCCGAUGCGACCGUGGAGGCCAAUAUCGACCCCGAAACGGCCUGACAGAAGAGACGAGGAAGCGGAAGAGGACAUCCCGUCUGAUGGACUGUCCCUUCAUGCUGGUGGCUGCCGGAACUCCGGGCAUUUGGACUCUCACAGUGCUGAACCCGACCCAUAAUCAUGGCCCGGUGCUGGACCGGCCGCGCCAGGUGCCGCACCACAAAGUCAAGAAGGGCCAGAUCACGGCUGUGCCGUACGAUUGGCCGCACGAUGCCACCAUGACACCGUUCACCACGGCGCUGGUCCUUAUCGACAUGCAGAAGGAUUUUUGCGCACAAGGAGGAUAUAUGGAGUACCAGGGAUAUGACAUUUCCGCUGCGCGGGCACUUAUUCCCAAACUGCAGCGUCUGCUGCACGUCUUCCGUACUGCAGGGUUUCCAGUCUAUCAUACGCGCGAAGGACAUCGACCAGACAUGUCGACUGUCCCGAGCCGUGAAAACUACCGCGCCCGCAAUAAUGCUUCCGGACUGGGAAUCGGCUCACCCGGUCCCUUGGGUCGAUUCCUGAUUCGGGGCGAGGUAGGCCACGAUACGAUUGACGAGCUGUAUCCCAUUCCGGGCGAACCGGUCAUCGACAAACCGGGUCGGGGUGCCUUUGCGCACACGGACUUUGAACUACUCCUGAGGAACAAGGGCAUCAAGAAUCUCGUCCUCGCCGGGAUCUCGACGGAUGCCAGUGUGUCGACGACGAUGCGAGAAGCCAGCGACCGAGGGUUCGACUGUGUGUUGCUCGAGGAUGGGUGCGCGGCCCGGGAGCCGUCACUCCAUGUCAGCACCUGCGAGUCGGUCAAGCUGGAGGGGGGAAUCCUCGGAGCGGUCGCCAAACUCGACGAUGUGGCGCAUGCCGUGGAGAAUUUCAAAGCGGUGACGGUGAAGAAGCUGGCGCCACAUAUGGGAGCUGCCACGCAGCAGAUGACGACGACGACAACGACGACGUGA